AAUACAACAAUUUCCCUCCCACUCCCUACACUUUACUUCUCUUUUCUUCUUCUCUGCACUGUGAAGGAGCGUUCGUGGGGGAGACUAGAGAGAGAUGGGAGAAAUGGAGGUGGAAGAUUCAAAUUCAAUGAUACCAGAAACAGAGGUGAGUAAGGUAAAUAAAACGGCGUACGAAAUGUUGGAAGAGAACAGAAUAUCAAUGGAGGAAAUAGUAGCGAAGAUGUUGUUUAUAAAGAAAGAAGGUAGACCUAAAUCUGAACUUCGAGAACUUAUUACUCAGAUGUCUCUUCACCUCGUCAAUCUCCGCCAGGCAAAUCGAACUAUCUUGUUAGAUGAAGAUCGUGUAAAAGCCGAAACAGAACGUGCCAAGGCGCCGGUUGAUUUCACGUCAUUACAGCUUCAUAACUUGAUGUAUGAGAAAAAUCAUUAUUUGAAAGCUAUAAAGGCUUGUAAAGAUUUCAAGUCCAAAUAUCCAGCUAUUGAACUUGUACCUGAGGAAGAAUUUUUCAGUAAUGCACCUGAAGAUAUUAAGAAAAGAUCAAUGUCCAAGGAAAGUAGCCAUGAUCUUAUGUUAACGAGGCUCAAUUUUGAGCUCUAUCAGAGAAAAGAACUGUGUAAAAAUCGCGAGAAACUGGAACAACAUAAGAAGGGGCUUUUGGAGACAAUUGCAACCAGAAAGAAGUUCUUGUCAAGUCUUCCUUCACACUUGAAAUCUCUUAAAAAAGCUUCUCUGCCUGUUCAACAGCAACUUGGAGUCCUACACUCAAAGAAAUUAAAGCAGCAUAACUCUGCAGAACUGCUUCCACCACCUCUUUAUGUGAUUUACUCGCAGUUCUUAGCACAGAAAGAGGCAUUUGAAGAGAGAAUCGAUUUGGAAAUUCUGGGAAGUAUGAAGGAUGCUCAAAUUUUUGCACAGCAGCAAGCAUAUAAGGAUACUGGUACACCUGCAAGUGCUGACGCAAACAGAUUGGAUGAUGAUGCACCUGAUGAAGAGGAUGAUGGGCAGAGAAGGAGAAAGCGGCCAAAGAAGGUUCCAGGAAGGGAGAACCUUGACCAGGCUGGAAUUUAUCAGUCUCACCCCCUCAAAGUUAUUCUCCACAUAUAUGAUGAUGAGGAUUCUAAUGUGAAGCCUGCAAAAUUAGCCAGUCUGCGGUUUGAAUACUUGCAUAAGUUGAAUGUUGUAUGCGUUGGGGUUGAAGGAUCCUGUGAAGGACCAAAGAAUAAUAUUUUGUGCAAUUUAUUCCCCGAUGACACUGGUACUGAGCUCCCUCACCAGUCUGCUAAGUUAUGUGCUGGUGAUGCUGUUGCAUUUGAUGAAAAGAGAACCUCGCGUCCAUAUAAGUGGGCCCAGCAUUUGGCAGGAAUUGAUUUCUUACCCGAAGUUUCGCCUCUGCUUACAGCCCUUGAAGGUCAAAGCAGUUCGGCAGCUAAAAGUGCUGCCGUUACUUCUGGCCUUUCCCUCUAUCGCCAGCAGAAUCGGGUACAGACAGUUGUUCAAAGGAUUCGCUCUCGUGAAAGGGCUCAGCUGGCUCUUGCGGAGCAGCUUGAUUCCUUAACGAAGCUCAUGUGGCCUUCUCUGAAUAAUGCUGAUGUUCCAUGGGCACUGCAUACACGUUCGUGCAAUCUUAAAAGUUGGUUACCAUUAGGACCUUCAGUUAAUCAAGCUUCAUCCUUGACUGUUGUUGCUGCAGAGCAUCCUGCAGACCCAUUAGACCUUAAUGUAAAUGGAAGUACUGAUAAAUCAAAGGAUGAGAUAGAGUGUGCAAGGGAAGAUGGGGAAGUUCCUUCUGUGGUCCAGGUUCCAGCCCCGAUGACUGAUGAUGCUAAACUUACUCCAGCAGAAGGUCCCAGUCUUGAGCACUCCAGAAGCCUUGCUUUGAUUUCAAAAAGUAUCACUCCCACUUCAAAGAUUGGUAAGUCUCAAAGUUUUAGAAGAAACGAGGAUGAUAUGGAAAUCAUGAUCGAUAAUGAGAGUGACCUGGAUGAGUCCACACAGAUUGAACCAGAGAUGGAUAGGUUAGCAAGUAUUGCUGAAGUGGUUGACAACUCAUGGGAAGAGUACGGGAUCAAAGAGUUCCUUCUUGUCUUGAGUAAGAAGUUCGAUAAAUAUGAGAAGACUAUAAAUUUAGAAGUCAAGAUCAAGAUCAGUAUGGAGUAUCCUGUUAGGCCUCCGCUUUUCACUUUGAGCUUGCACUCCAUUAUGCCUGGAGAAAAGUCUUCAAGUUCGAGGAGGGAUGAUACUGAUUGUUACAAUGAACUCCGUGCCAUGGAAGCUGAGGUGAAUCUGCACAUCUUGAACAUACUGCCUUGGGACUACGAAAACUACAUCUUAGCUCAUCAGGUGAGUUUUCUUGCAAUGCUGUUUGACUUCUACUUCAACGAGGCACCCCCAUCUUCUGAAGGAAGGAAGAGUACUUCAGUGGUUGAUGUUGGUUUGUGUAACCCCGCCAGUGGCAUUAUCCUUUCCAGAUCUUUUAGAGGAAGAGAUCGGAGGAAGAUGAUCUCCUGGAAGGACAUUGAAUGUACUCCUGGGUAUCCCUACUAAAAUUUAAAAGCGGACUCCAACUGCAAAUUUUACUUGUGGGUCGUCUAAUUGCCUAUUCCUUAGUUAACCGAGUGCUGCUUCUGUGUUUGUCUAUCUGGGUUCAUAGGGUUAUAUAACUUAUAAGUAGUAAGGAGGUAGCUGUUUUCUACAUGAAAAAGUCUUAUUUGGAUCUUAACUGCCUUCUGAAAAGCAUUAGCCUUUCUUUCCAACUAGUAAAGGGAUAGCAGGUGUUGAUCCACAAGUGAGUGAAAAACUGAUAUUGGUGCGGAUUGAAAAGGGUAAAUUGUAAUUUAAGCUGUACUUCAUGGUUGUUCGUUUAGAGGCUCCAUUUGUGGUGUAAUAGAUACUUGAAAUGAAACGGGGUUGACCCUACCCAUUCACUUUU